AUGUUGCUGUAUAUUCUCGGACCGGUGACUGCCUGGUUCAUCUAUCGCUGGUACAAAGAAAGCAAACGAGUUUCAAACAUUGAGGAUAAAUAUGUGUACAUCACUGGCUGUGACUCUGGGUUCGGUAACAACUUGGCGAAGCAUUUGGACAAGCUGGGCUUCCCCGUGAUCGCGGGCUGUUACACAGAGAAGGGUGAAGAUGAGCUGAAGAAGAUCUCCUCCAAAAGGUUGACAACCGUUCCUCUGGACGUCUCCAACUCUGAGAGUGUCAAGAAAGCAGCAGAUUUCAUCAAGAAUCUGGUUGGAGAGAAGGGUCUGUGGGCUGUUGUCAACAAUGCUGGAGUUGCUUUGCCGUCUGGUCCCUCUGACUGGAUCGACAUAGAAGGUUACAAGUCGAUGUUGGCGGUUAAUCUGACCGGUGUGAUUGAUGUCACACUGAGCGUCCUCCAACUUAUCAAGAAAACUAAAGGCAGAGUGGUAAAUGUUGCCAGUGUGUUUGGGCGCAUCAGCCCAUUCGGUGGACCUUACUGUGUGUCCAAAUAUGGAGUGGAGGCCUUCAAUGACAGCCUGCGUAUAAACAUGAAGUCGUUUGGAGUCAAAGUUUUGUGCAUUGAGCCAGGCUUCUUUAAAACUACUGUGACCGAUACAGAGAUGUUGAGGAACAGCUUAAAGAAGCUCUGGGACAACUUACCUCAGGACCUGAAGGAUGAUUAUGGGUCAGAUUUCUUGCAGGCAUUGUUUGACCAUCUGGACCAGAGGUUUAGGAAUUUUUCGGAUGGGGACCUGAUGAAGGUGGUCAGCUGCAUGGAGCAUGCCGUCUCUGCCGUUUACCCUCGCUGCCGCUACUCCCCCGGCUGGGACGCCAAGUUCUUCUGGUUGCCCAUGUCCUACAUGCCAACCUCUGUUUCAGACAAAUUUUUCCUUAAAUAUUACCCCACACCCAGAAUCUCCAAGCUGUAG